AUGAUUGAAGAUACUAUUCAGGAAAGUUUAUCGUCAGAUCAAUUAUGGUUAAAAGUAAUCAAAGAAGGUGUGGAAGAUCGUGUUGAAGUUAAUCAACGCAUGUUAAUCGAUAAAAUGUUAGCUCGUUAUUCAUCUGAUUUUGUUGUUUAUCGUGAGUUAAUUCAAAAUUCUGAUGAUGCUCAAGCGACUUCAUUUAUUCUUAAAAUAACUUGUGAUCCAUCUACUGCAACAUCAAUUUAUGAAUCAAAAACUAAAGAUUAUUCAACGAUGAAUUCAAUGAAAUCCAACAAUCCGUUAGAAGAUAUUGAACACCAUACAUUUGAUUCUAAUUCAAUCAUUAAUGAUAUAUCUCCAUUUGAGAAUGAUUUUAACAAUUGUAUCAUAACUGAAAUUCGUACUAUCAAUAAUGGGCAUAUAUUUAGUGACGAUGAUUGGAAAAGAGUAAUUACAAUCGCUGAAGGAAAUACUAAUGUUGAUGCUAUUGGACAAUUUGGUGUUGGUUUCUUUUCAGUUUUUUCUUAUUCGGAACGACCGAUGAUACAAUCGGGAAAACAUUGUCUAGCCUUUGUUUGGCAAAAUGGAAAAUCAUUGACUACAUUUCGAAAAGAAUUACCAACUGAUCAACAUUCUUCAUCGACUUCAAUUAUUCUUACCAUGAAGGAUAAAUAUAUUUUACAGACACAAUCAAUAUUAGAAAUCGACGAAAUAAUGAACGAAAAUUUAACAAAUAGUAAUAGAGCAACAAAAUCAAAGAAAGAUAAUACAACAAAUGAAAUAGUACCUAUAUUAGAUUUAACACAAUUAAAAGCUUAUUUUACCAAAGUUCUUUCAUUUACUAAAUAUAUUAAUGAAAUAAUUAUUCAAUUAAAUGAUGUCGUUAUUUUUCGAGUAACUAAAACGAGAAAAUCUUUAUCAUCUAUGAAAUUAUCUUUGGCAACAAAAACUAAUGAAAAUAAUUUACUUCGUUUCAAGUCAUGUGUUCAAACUGAACAAACUUUUUGUAUCAUGAAUGGUCCAUCAAUUACUCUGAAUCAUAUUGAUGUUGAAGCCGAAGUAAUGAUUGAUGAAGAUCUUCAUAAACAAAUUCAAAGUGUUCUGAAAAAAAGUUUACCUUCAAUCAUACAUAUUGAAUUUUUAUUUCCAUCGAAUACUAUAUUUGAAGAAGAACAAUGGAAAAUAUUAACAAAUAAUCAUUUAAAUAAUCAAAUAUUAAAACGUCUAAUUCCAUUGAGAUUUCACGAUGGAGAAAUAUUUCCAUCUGGUCAAAUUUUCAUUGGUGUAGCUACACAUCAAUCAACAGGCAUUGGUAUACAUGUAUUUAGUCAUUUAAUUCCAACGAUUGAACGUGAAAAUAUUGAUUUACAAGAUCCAUAUAUCUCUAUUUGGAAUGAACAACUUCUUGCAUCUAUUGGAAAUAUUGUUCGAUUUAUUUAUGAUCAAACAAUGCUUGAUGGCAUGAAUAAUGAUUCACAACAUACUACUCAGCAACUCAAUGCUAUUCUUUCUUCUUAUGCUUUUCAAGCAUCAGUACCAAAUAAGGAUAUUGGUCGCAUUCUUCUCGAUGGAUUUUUCUCAUCGGAUAAGGAUAUACUUGUACCAGUUGGACGAUCUCCAUCUGACAAUCAUCUUUCAUUGAUUCCAUCUAGUGAAGCAUUUCUUAGUACUUCGAAACAUAUUCAAACAUUUCUUCCUGUAUCACUUGUUCCAUUUGAUAUUGGACAAAAUGAUUUUUUUAAAAUGCUAAAACGUCGUCAACAGAUUCAAGAAAUUGAUCAUGAAACAAUCUCAGCAAAAAUUCAUGAAUCUAUUCUUUUAUUUGAUGAAUUCAUUGGACUACUUCGUUGGUUAUGUACAAAUGAUAUUACUAAUAGAUCUUAUAUCAAAGAAAUUCUUUCAGAAGUAUACUAUCGUGAAACUUGUCAAUCACCUAUUAUUCAAUUAGAAAAAAUUGAAUUUUAUGAUACUUUAAAUAUAUCGUUUCUUCCACUUCCUCCCAAUGUCUUACCGUUUAAUAUCGCCAGUCAUAUAUCUCGAGAAGAUUUACAAAGACGAUUAUUAUUAUCAGGAGUAUCUGUAAAAAAUUUAAUCGAAUUUUAUCUUGCUGGUAAUCAACAAUAUCUGUUUGAGAAUGAAACAACAUCGAAAAUUCUUCUAAGUUUUAUUUCUCAACGUUGGACUCAAUUCAAUGAAAGCGAAUCAAAUAAAAUCAAAAGCAUCCUAUCCAAACUGAAAUGUAUUCCAACUAGUCAAGGAAUGAAAAUACCUACAGAAUCCUAUAUUCGUUCAUCGAAUUUAUCUGCUACUUUACCUAUUAUUACACUGUACCUUCCACAAAUUUCCAUGGAUGAUGCACAAGAAUCUGUGGAUUAUCCCGCAUCUAUUGAAUUUCUCAAAUCGAUUGGAUGUCGAACAAUUCAUGUUCCAACAAUGUCAUAUCAUUUUAGUAGUCGAUCGACUGAUUCAUCCGAUAAUAGUCAAACAUUGCAAAGUUUUAUUCAAAAUCUAUUACAACAACGGAAAACUAUGAGCGAUACAGAUCUUCAAGCAUUAAAAAAGAAUCCAUGCCUCAUAGGAACAACAUUGGAAUUCAAUGGUGAGAUCACACGUAAAUAUAAACCAAGUGAUCUUCAUUUUCCAUCAGUUGCUGAACGUCUUCAAUGGAAUCAAUUACCAAUUAUUUAUUGGAUGGAUAUUAAUCCACUUUCACAAGAAUAUUCUCUUCUCAAAGAACUAGGCGUACGAGAAGCACCUGAUUUACAUGAAUUGAUCUUUCGCAUUGUACAAGAACAUUAUCGAGGAUCUAGAACAAAAUCAGAUUAUAAAUUACCACAUACAUUGAUUUACUUUGCAGAAAAUUUUCGACAAUAUUAUUUGAAAUCAUGGGAAAAUGCUCGUAUUAAAACAGCUUUUCUGCCCUCAUCACCACCGGAGAUGAAUCAAUCGAUGGAAGUUAUUCUUACUACUCCUGAAUUAGUAUAUAGAGAACCUGGUCCAUUGUGUCCAUCUUUAUUACCUGAUGUUCUUCGGUGUUUUUCACAAUGGUUUGACAUUAGUUUGCUUGGUGUAAAAUAUCGUCCUCAACUAGAAACAGCUUUUGAUAUUUUGAUGGACAAACGAUAUCAAUUGUUAACAGCCGAAUCAGCUCCAACGUAUUUUUCUUAUUUAAAUAAAUUAGAUGGUCUUAGUAAAGCGUUUAUUCAAAACGUUGCCAAUAAAUCAUUUAUUCCUUUACCAGGCAGUUCUACUCAUCUUAAACCAUCUCAGGUAUUUAUUCGUUCGAAAAAUUCAUUCUCUAGUGGAAUAUCUCCAGAUCAAAAUAUUAAUAUGAUUGAUGAUGUGGCAAUGUGUGGUCUUAUUGAUUAUGUUGAUUAUGGUCCUGAAGCGAAUUCAUUUCUUUUCAGUAUUGGAGUACUUUCUUAUCCAUCUGCGGAAAAUCUGGCUGAUUUAUUAAUCGAACGGCAAGCAUCUUAUUUUGCUCAAACACAAGAGAAUACGGAUGAGAUGAUAGCAGCAAAAAUACGUGUUUAUACUAGUUGUUUGAAACAAUUAGCGUCUGUCUCAAACAUAGCACAACAAUUCAAUUUUGAACCGUUAAGAAGUCGUUUAAUGAAUAAACCAUGGUGUUUAGCUUAUCAAAUAAUUGAAAGCUCAGAUGGAACUAGAGAACGAACUUUUAAAAUUGCUAGACCAAAUGAUAUCUAUCUAGAUGAUGAUCAUCAAUCGGCCAUCGAUCUUCAACCAUUAUGUGCACCAGAUGAACCUGAAUUGACAAAAUUAUAUGCAACAUUCGGAUCAAAAUGGUUAUCAGAAGCUGUAAAACGAACUUUAGGAGAAUAUUUGGACAAUAUUGAUGAAAAACGUAUCGAAUUACUGCGAACAAAAUUUUUCGUUUAUGAAGCUGAAGGAAUUCAAUGUCAAUUAACUUUUCAGUAUAGAACAAUUACUUUAAAUUCAACGGAUUGUAGCUCAUGUGCACUCGAAUAUGACAGAAAUCAAGUUAAUUUAUAUAUUCACAAAGAUAUUCCUACACUCGAUUAUAUCGAUAUUGCUACUGAAUUGACUCGAUUCGUUCAUAAAAAACCACUUGAUGCGCUAGUUCAUGCCAUUAGUGAUAAACUUGCUUCUCCAUUAGAAACAUUGAAACGCCGUGGCAUUCCUGUUGAUCGAUUGUUGAAAACUGUACAAGAACAGCCGAUUAAAUUGGCAUUACGAAGCGAACAAACAAAGACAGAGAAGAAUAUACAAAAGUAUCCAUCACAAUAUCAAGAACAAAUGCAACACGAUCAGCAUCAUCAUCAUCAACAAUCGGUAGAAUUAAUUGAUCAAAACCUAGGACAGUCUCAAGAGAAGUAUCAAGUUUCAAAUGGGUUUCUUCAAAGUUUAAAAGAUUUGUUGGGUCCUAUACGACAUUCUUCUAACCUUUCGAUUGAUCCUAUUGAGAAUCUUUCAAGUCGAGUCGAAAGAGAUCGUAUUUACCAUUUUGGACGACAUCAAUCUUCGAAUGAAAUUGAUAUCGAUGCUAUGAUUCGAACAAGUCGACCAUAUUCACAAACAGAAUUCAACCGAUCGGAAUAUUCGAGACGUGAAACUAAUAAUUUAUGUGAAUUUGUUCCAGCUGCAAAUAUGAUUCGUCAUGAAAAUCUGCUCCAUGGAAUUGCUCUCUAUGUUGAUCGAAAUGUAACAUUAACAAGUUUUAUGAUUGAUCAAGCGAAACAACUUGCUUGGCUACUAUCUGGUCUUGCUAAACAAGUAUUUCACAUGUCUGAAUCAACAAUGCAUCUAUUUCGUGAUAUUGAUAGUGAUCUUGGUUUCUUUCUUUAUUCACAGUCAAAUAUUGAUGAAAAAUCAUUGGGAAUUACUAUUGCUGGAGGUAUUGAUAUGCCUUUUCUUGAUCAUCGUUUUACAUCUGUUAUUAUUACAUAUAUUACUGAAAAUAGUCUUGCACAUAGAGAUAAACGGUUGAAAUUAUAUGAUAUUAUAUUACGUGCAAAUGGUGUGAAUUUUACAAAAAUUAAACAUCAAACAGCUGUUUAUGUCUUAAGAAAUUCAGGCUACAAAGUUCAAUUGUUGAUACGUCGUUUGUCACCAACAAUUUGUGAAGAGAUCGAACUAGAACAUAAUGGAAAACUAGGCAUUACAAUUUCUGGUGGAAUAGGAAGUGAAUAUUUUCGAGAAGAUCACGGUAUAUUUAUCACAGAAAUCAGUCAACGACAAACUAAUGAACAAUUAGAUCUGUGUGAUCGAUUGUUGCAAAUAUCAUCCAUGUAUAAUACUUAUGAUUUACGAUUUGUUACACAUGCAAUUGCAAAACAACGCAUACAGUUAGCAUGUACAGAAAGUCAAAAAAUAAAACUAUAUGUUGGACAUACAAGAUCUACUGGUCGAAUACAAAAACGAAUUAUUCUACGACAAAAUCAAUAUGAUCCUCUUGGCUCGAAAGACGAAGGAACAACGUUAGAAUCAAAUGAUGAACUAAAACGUAAAUAUAAACCAACUGAACUUCAUUUUCCAUCGGUAGCAAAACGUCUUAAUUGGAAUGAAUUAUUAAUAAUCGAUUGGAUGGAUAUUAAUCCACAUUCACAAGAAUAUUCUUUUCUUAAAGAACUUGACGUUAGAGAAGUACCAGAUGUACAUAAUUUAAUAAUUCAACAUUUUGAAGAACAUUAUUUAAAAUUAUGGGAAAAAGCUAAUAUUAAAAAAGCUUUUCUUCCAUCAUCUAUUCCUGAUAUUAAUCAUUCAACAGAAGUUAUAUUAACAACACCUGAAAUUGUAUUUAAAGAAUUAAGUCCAUUAUUUCCAUCUUUACUUCCUGAUGUAGUUCGAUGUUUUUCACGAUAUUUUAAUAUUGAUUUAUUUGGUAUUCAAAAUCAUCCUUCUCUACCAAUGGCUUUUGAAGCAUUAAUAGGAAAAAGAAAUCAAUUAUUAAAUUCUCAAAUAGCUACUAAAUAUUUUUCUUAUUUUAAAAAAUUAGAUGGUCUUAAUACAGCAUUUAUUCAAAAAAUUUCAAAUAUUUCAUUUAUACCUCUAUCAGUAUUUAUUUGUUCAAAAAGUUCAAUAAUUGAUAAAAUAUCUCAAGAUAAUAAUAGUAAUAAUACAUUAGAUGAUAUAGCUGCACAUGGUCUUAUUGAUUAUGGUUCUGAAGCUAAUUCAUUUCUUCUUAGUAUUGGAGUUCUUCAUUAUCCAUUAGCAGAAAAUCUUUCAGAUUUACCUAUUGAACGACAACAAACAUAUUUUAAUCAAACUAAAGAUAAUAAUGAAGAACUUAUAUCAGCUAAAGUACGUUUUUAUACAAAUUGUUUAAAACAAUUAUCUGCUGUAUCAAAUGUAACACAACAAUUAUAUAUUGAACCAUUAUGUAGUCGUUUAAUUAAUAAACCAUGA